AUGAUUUCUUUAACAGACACACAGAGGAUCGGAGUGGGAUUGAUGGGAUUCGGUGUGUUUUUCCUCCUGUUUGGCAUCCUCUUGUACUUUGACAGAGUGCUCCUCGGAUUUGGAAACAUCCUCUUCAUUUCCGGCCUUCCCUUCAUGACUGGGCUGCAGAACACCUUCAGAUUCUUCUACCAGAGGCAGAAGCUGAAAGGUUCGAGUUUCUUUCUAGCUGGGAUCCUCCUGGUACUGCUCCGGUGGCCUGGAGUCGGCAUGCUUUGUGAAAGCUAUGGACUUUACCUGCUCUUCAAGAGUACUCUGCCACUUGUGUCAGAAUUCAUCGCCAGCAUUCCAGUUCUUGGAAUAAUCUUUACAUUACCUGGACUCAGCACAGGACACCCGGGCACGGAUGUAUCCUUGGAAGAGGAGCAGGCAGUUGGCUUGAGUGGAACACUCAAUGGACCACUGCCUGGACCUGUGAAUGGCCACCAGGGCCAGGCCCAGGUGCAGACCAACGAAGAGGUCCCUUGA